UGGACCACGCUCCUGACCACAUCCGUUGAGCGAUAGUGCUGAGCGCAACCGGCAGAUCGUGGUCUGACUGUACGAGAGCUGUACCGAGGAUUCGCGUGCACUUCAGUCGUUCCUUGCCACUCGAUAACAACAGUCUCCAUUGUGAGGAAUUAGCUCAACAAAAAAGAUGACGGCUAUGGUGCUGCGCCUUCUGGUGGUGGCCGCGGUAGCGGCGGUCGCGUUGGCAGAGGAGAGACGUGCUAUUGCCGUUCUGUCUCAUUCAACAAAGAAUGUGAAGGGCAAUGUAACAUUUGUGCAGACAGAUGAUGGGGUUGUGACAGUAACUGGCAUUAUUGAGGGACUCACACCGGGUUCUCAUGGCUUCCAUAUACAUGAAAAGGGAGAUAUUUCAAGCUGUAUUAAUGCUGGAGGUCACUUCAAUCCUGAUAAGGUGAACCAUGGUGGUCCAACUGAUGCAAUCCGUCAUGUUGGUGAUCUUGGAAAUAUUGAGGCUGGUGAAAAUGGAGUAGCCAAUAUUUCCAUUCGAGAUAGAGUGAUCUCUUUGACAGGCCACAACAACAUACUUGGACGUUCUGUUGUUGUUCACUCGGACAAAGAUGACUUAGGAAAGGGUGGUUUUCAAGACAGCCUUACAACUGGUCAUGCUGGCACCAGGGAGGCUUGCGGUGUUAUCGGAAUCCUGUCACCUGUCACACCAUGGCAUAACUCAGCAUCUACUGCAAGAUUUGGCCCUGCCGUUUUCCUGUCAACAGCUGUUCUCCUUGCUGUGUCAUACCUCAUGUAAUAACUGUAUAAAUUUGUAAUGUAAAAACAAUGUGAUGCAUCUAAAGUUUAAUUUUAACAUAAUCAUGCAGUUUUUGUUAAGCAAGUGUGAAUGGAAAUACCUUUAUGUGACAGUUUAUUAACUACAUAAACUUAUUUAAUAAUGUAUAUUGCUGUUUAGUGUCAUAUAUAUGUAGUUAACUUUAAACCUGUGUACAUUAUAAAAUACUUUUAAAUAAAUGUUGUUUCUAUA